AUGUUUCGGCUCGUGGCUUUUCUGUCCUGCAUUGGGUUGAUUUGUGCUAAGCCACCCUUCAACUAUGCCGUGCAGAAUGAGAGGGUCGUAGGAGGCUGGGAUGCUAGACCCAACUUCUGGAAAUCUCAGGCUUCUCUCCAGUAUAAUUCAUACAAUGAUGGUUACUUCUACCACAUCUGUGGAGGCUCCCUCAUUGGUUCUUUUCACAUUAUGACUGCGGCUCACUGUAUCCUCAGCACGGAUCCUGGUUUGUACCGUGUGGUGGUGGGUGAACAUAACCUGUAUGAGUAUGAAGGCAGUGAGCAGUUUCUUCGCGUGGAAGAAAUCAUUGUCCACCCUGGCUGGAAUGGAGACCUUGCCAAUGGAAAUGAUAUUGCCAUAAUGAGACUGGCAGAAAGUGUGUACGACAAUGGCUUUGUGGCUAUAGCUGAAUUUCCCUAUCCUGGUGAGACACUGCCUCAUGACUUCGCCUGUUACAUCACCGGCUGGGGAAUGAUGGACUCUCAAGGAAGUGCCCCUGCCAUCCUGCAGGAAGCUCCCAUCGGUGUGGUGGAGCAUGCAGUGUGCUCAACACCUGCGUGGUGGGGCAACAUUGCUCUAGAGACCAUGAUUUGUGCUGGAGGGGAUGGAGUCAUAUCAGGCUGCCAGGGCGACUCUGGAGGCCCCCUGCACUGCUUCACGAAUGGAAUCUGGAGGGUUCAUGGUGUUGUCAGUUACGGUCCAUCUGGCUUUUGCAACCAAGCAACUAAACCCACCGUCUUCACCAGAGUGUCGUCCUUCACUGAUUGGAUAUAUUCAGUAAGCCUCCUGCUAACUAGAUCACUGUGUUUGACCAUUGCUCGAUAG